AAUGAACAAUAACAUAAGUAAUAUCCCAAGUAACCAUGAAGCUAUAUAUGAAUACUUUAUUUUUGCUCUAGAGAGCACUAUACAAUUUUAUUAUAAAGUGACAAAACCCUUCAGAGCCAUAUAAAGCAGAUUUAAUGUCGAAAAGGGCCCCACUAUAAUCAAAUUAAAGUAAUACGAGCUGGCAUGACUGUCGCAUUGCGAAUGCAAGAUUAGUGCACAUGCUUCAUAACAGCAUUUGAGUAUGCACAGUUAGAGUGUAUAUUAUAUAUGCAUUAAACCUUGUUUAUUUAGGGCAUGCGUGCAAAAAUAAACAAAACAACUUUUUCACACAUCAUUUCUAUUUUUCGCAUCUGGUUUCGUUUUUUUUUUGGCAUUGAAGCGGGAUUUGAACCUGGAUUGCUGAUGCUGUUGGUGAUCCGUGAAUUGCAGACGUCCUAAUCCUCUGUACCGUAGAAGCUUCCGAAAUUGCAAGAUACAAUAGCUUUAUAAAAAGGAUGCAUUGUGAUGCGAUAUCAAAGUUGGUUCGUUUAUUGGGUGACGAGACGGCUAUUUUAUUCUCAUUUGUUACACCUGCUGGUGGGCCCACGAAAGAGUCCACAACGAAAAUAUAUAACUUUAGGAAGUGCGCUACCAUCUAGGGAAGCUCAGCGAGAAGCAGAAUAGAAUUCCAAAGGCUAUGCUUAUUUAAUAUAAAUUUGUUUUGGGAGAUAUUCUGUGUGCUUCAGGGUGUAACCGUUUGGUUACAAAUUGUUGAUUUUUGUUUUGUAUUUGUUGAUGUUUGUUGGACCCUUCACGUUUCUUGUGCAAAAACAGAAGGAAAAUACCACAGAAGUGAUAGGGUUAAGUACCGCUGUAAAUGUCUUCGUCCGCUACCAAUUAUUAAUCAUGGCGGAACGAGGAUACAUAUAUGAAGCGAGAUGGCAUGUAAUUAGAUAAAAUAUGAUGGAUGUGGGAAAUCUUUAAAAGGACGGCCAUUGUCCAAUUUCGGCCUCUUUUUAUAUCAGGCGUCCGUGUGUUGUGGAUAAGUGUUCAGUGCAGUGUAGUUAAAACGUGUACGAACCCCCCCCCCCUUGUCCCUUAGCAGGAGCUAAGUGGAUGCUUGGGUGAUAAUUAAGCUCAGGACCUCUUGUGUCUUUGUUUCGGACCUUGAAUAGGUUCCGUCGUCCAGCACACGGCUCGGCUUGAGAAGCCAUUAGGCUUCCGGGCCUAAACACUAAGGACCUUGUCCUCUAGGAGGACCAAAAUCUCGGGCCGAAGGCCCUAAACGUCAAGGAGAUUCCCCCUCUCGGCCGUCCAAGGUGGCCAUGCCACGGCCGGCCGAUUAUCGUCCAUGAGGGAAGACGCCUGCAACCCCACCGUCCAGCAACGCCCGCUGGCCCAUCUACGGACCGGAAUACCAGCCCGUACAUCCUCCCGCUUCGCCAUUCCGGCGAGAGUUCCGGCCGCACAGCAGGAUUGGUGUCGCUGUGUCGGCCAUUCGUCCACAACAUCAACAUAAGGCAGCGGUAUGUACCGGUACAAAAAGUAGAUUAGGCAACACUUAACAAAUUCACACAAAAUUGGAACCCACAGAACAACACGCACACGCCACAAAUUAGGGAAUUUUAAUAAAUGUUUGAGUAACGUGAAAGUUCCCGUGUUAGUUUUUUGUAUCGCGAAAAGCCCUUGAUUACUCAGUAGCUAGCCGACCCUGGGAUUGCCGGAGAGAUCUUGCGUCUUGAGUUGGCCUGGCACUGUAGGUUUACCCGCUUAGUUUCACUUGGCGCCCAGCCAAAAGUCCGCGAAAGGUAAUCAAGGGACCGAAGUAGCAUACAAAAAUCUAACGAUUUUUGCCGACGGGAGGUGGCAGGGAUCCGUGCUUGCACGAAUGUCUCGCCCCUUAUGCACGAACUUCCACUGAGGUGCUAAAAAUGUGUUAAUACGAGGCUUUUGCCUUCAAAAGAGGUCCUGAGCACAUCACGGACACAUUUGCUCUUGAUUGUCGUUUUUUCCGUUUUAAAAUUCGUUGAUGUUGGCAAAUUUUGUGUUUCGUGAAUCGUUUAUACAUUGAUACAACAUAAAUCAUAAUUCAUCUUUACUGUUUUUGUCCAUUCACACAAUGACAACAUACGCGCAAUAUUUAUUUUAAUCCGUUUUGUUUUGAUUCGUCUCGAUUUUUGCGAUUUUGUUUUCACCCACAACACUCAUCACUGAUUCUUACACAAUGACACGCAAGCGACGAGCAAAGGCUGAGACCAAUCAUAAACCAAUUAAUUGGCAGCCUCCGACGUAUGAUGCGGACGAGUCGGACUUAGAGGAAUCUUCCGAGAUGCCUAGUCCGUUGCUCUCGACGCACCCUAACUACCCUCUAGAGGAGUUAGAGCUGGACCUCGAAGAGACUCUGCAUACCAUCAGGGAGCAGAGGACUUCUGGAGUCAUGAUGCCAGCAGACGUCGUUAAAAUCAAACGUAUAAUUUAUCUUUUUAUGCGUGACAUGAACAUCGUCACAUGUGAUGUAAAUUCUCGCUAUUUGCCCCCCAGCGCGACAUGCGAAUACAGGGAAUCGGAAUCAGAACCAGAGGAGGAAAUCGAAUUGAUAAUCCCUAGUUCCGAUUCCGAGGAUUUGGAAAUGUCCUUCAGCGAGUCCGAAUCUGUUUCGGAAGACCAUCUUCAGGUCGAAAUGAGAACGAACCGAAGCCCAACGUCACGCUAUUCUUCCGGUUAUUUCUCCAGUAAGUCGUUACUUCAAUUCGCAGAAUACUCCCGAGACUUACCUAGUAAUGCUUUCAAAUCUUCUAUACCACGAACUUCGAACCCCGAAUCCCUCAGAAAGCAGACCCGAUCGUUCAAGAUCCGGAAAAAGGCCAACCUAAAACUUCGAGCGGAACCUACGGCCAAAGAACUGUGCAGCGAACCUACUUCUAUUUUGGAACCCAACCCUUCAAGGAAAAAUCCCCGUUCCGGACGCACACCUGGAACCCAAAAAGUCUUUUCUUCCAACAAAAAGAAAAAGAAACACUUCUAAAU